AUGUCCAACUUCAACGGUCUCCCUUUACUCAGCGGUGCUUUACCGUCGCCUGCAACCAAUCGCACACCUAACGCAUGUAGGAAAUGUAACAAGGAAUUCAUCCCUUUCUUUACGCGCGCAACCCGCUGUAAUCACUGUGACUACCAAGCGCUCAUGCCCCGACAUGGCACAGCCUCUGGCUAUGACCUAGUCCACGUCUGUGCUUUCUGUAUCGAACUCCUUAACAUAACUGCUUCCAGUAAGUAUCAGCUCAAGACUCUGCCGCUCUCCAAGCUCCGCCGCUAUGUCGACGCAUACAAUAUCCCCGUCAAAGGCCCUAUCGACAAGAAUGACCUCGUGGAUUCCAUCAUCGCUGCAAAGACACCAUCAGGCACCCUUCCCCCGCACCAUUCUGCUCGACCCCGUGGAUUCUUUAGCACCCGUCCUCCGCCCCCAACUGAGCGACAAACAUCCACAUCACCACCCGAUUUCCCCCCAUCAUACACAACACGGCACCAGACCCCACCUGCGCGGCCCCCGUCUCCUCCGCCUCCACCUCCACCACAGCCGCCACGAUUCAGGACAGCCUCGCAGCCACAAACGCCCCCUCGACCAGCACCUCCUUCCACUCCACGCCCAUCUCCAGCGUCCAACGCUAGCCCGUCUCAUGCGCGUUCAUCGACUUCACCUCGCUCGGCACCUCAGCCCUCCACGCCACCAACGCCUCAACCCCCGCCACCACUCUCUGCCUUACUGGCAAUGUCCCCAUCAUCCCUCUCGCCACGCAAAGGAGAACUCGUGGCGCGCGAGAGAGCAGCAGCAGAGGAAAGGGAUAGGAUAGAGAGGGAGGAGAGGGAACAAGAGGAAUGGGAACGGCGGGAUAGAGAGAGGGCAGCGGAAACAGAAGCAGAAGCAGAAGACGCCCAUGUGCAUGGACCAGAAGACCCUGCCGAGAAUCACCAUCAUUCACCAUCUUCCUCAUCACCUCAACCCAGUUCUCCUCCCAGGACGACAUACACGGAACGUUCGGGUUUAUGUGUGAUAUGUCAGGAUCAGGAGGCAAAUAUCGCGAUCGUGGAUUGCGGACAUUUGGCCAUGUGCCGUACCUGCUCAGAACUAGUUCUCGCCUCAUCUCGCGAGUGUCCGCUCUGUCGUACUCGCAUCGUCACAGAGGCACGACUUUUACGGAUAUUCAAGACAUAG